GCACUUGGCUCCUCCAUCGCCUUGAGGACCGCCGGACCAAGUUGGCUGCACUUGCACUAAAGCAGGUACUGCCCGUACGUCUCGGCGUGGCUCCGGGUGUGCUCAAAAUCAGUUCAAAACCAGGGAAACGUUUAUUUAAAAUAUUUUCUUAUUAACAGAUUUUCUGUGAGAAUUUUUGACGUGAAAAAUCUUCACAUCCGGAAGGGCAGUGAAGAAUUGAAGGAUGGGGGACAGUUAUUUCUGGACGUCCCGGGGGUUCUUGGAGAAGCUCCUGCAGGAGUCCAAGAACAACCGCUGCCUGUCCGUGCGCGACAGCAGCGUGGAGAACGCGAGCGGCAGAGGGGACAACUACAUAAGCAAGCUGUUCCGGGUGACCGUGAACCAGGGUAACCCAGCCGAGAAGAAGACGUUCUUCGUGAAGAUCCUGCCGGACGAGGGCAUCGUGCGGGACAUGGUGGAGAGGUCUUCGGCCUUCUCCACGGAGAUGAGGAUGUACCGGGACACCCUGCCUCGCAUGAACAAGCUGCUGGCCCGCUGUGCUCCUGGGCAGUUCGGCAGCCUGGGGCCCGAGUGCUACUACCUGAGCAGCUCGGAGGAGCCUCUGGUGCUCGUCAUCGAGGACCUCAGGGAGAAGGGGUACGCGAUGGCGGACAGGCGGCGAGGCCUGGACCUCGAACACAGCCUGCUGGUCGUGAGGACGCUCGCCAGGUUCCACGCCUGCUCGGUCGCGGCGCGCGCCGAGGAGCCGUCCUCCGUGGAGACCUACGCGUCGAACCUGUUCUUCGAGGAGGCGUCGAGGACCUUCUGGGAGAACAACUUCAAGUCGACGCUGACGGCGAUGGCGGAGGUCGUGAGGAGGUGGGACGGCUUCGGGGACGAGUUCGCGGAGAAGCUGCGCGCGCGGUCCGCGACCAUGAGGGAGGACCUGGUGCGCCUCCUGCGCUCCAGGGACGACGCGUUCAAGGUGCUGCUGCACGGCGACCUCUGGGUCAACAACGUGCUCUUCCGCUACGGCGAGGGGGAGCAGGAGGAGGAGGGGCGGCGGCCGGAGGACGCGAUGCUCAUCGACUUCCAGUUCUGCCUGUUCGCGUCGCCGGGGAUCGACCUGCAGCACUUCGUGCACACGAGCCCGACGGAGCAGGUGCGCGCGGAACACGCCGAGGGCCUGCUGCGCGCGUACCACGCGGAGCUUAGCGCCACGCUGCGCCUGCUGGGGCUGGGCGCGGAGACCCUCAGCUUCCGGCAGCUGCUAGAGGACUACGAGAGCAAGGCGCUGUACGGCGCCUUCGCGGCGCUGCUGUGUCUGCCGGUGAUCCUCAGCGACGAGCGGGACGCCUUCGACUUCGAGAGCGCGCUGAGGGACGAGAUGGACGAGGCCGUCAUCGUCAGGCGGGUCUCGGGCGAGCCGUACUCGCGCGUGCUGAGGCGGCUGCUCGUGCAGUUCGCGAGCAAGGGGAUCAUUUAGCGUGGGGCGGGUGGACAUGCUUAUACAGCAACCGUGAUGUCACGUCCCGUCAAGGUGACCCGGGUUUCAUUCCUGGCCAGACCUUUUUUUUAGUAAUAAUGCCAGGACAUCGACCUAAUACUUCGGUGACCUGGGGCGCAAAUCUGUAUGAUUCGCAAGGGGGGGGGGGCGGAAAUUCGUGAGGGCGGGGUAAGGGGACGCGGCCCGAGAGAUUUGCUUGUGGGUCAUCUCUGGUUAGGGUGCUUGUAUGUGGCAUACUGUCAAUAUUUUAGUCUGUGUACAUGCAAUAAGCAGAAAACUUUUAAAUGAACACAAAGUUUUUUUUUUUAUAUAAUACAUAGUAUUGUCGUUUACGUUUAUCAACCCCGUUUCACAGUCACGACUUUGCAAGGGGGAGUAUUUCCGAGAUUACGUGCAUGACUGUGUCAAUGCACGGAACUCAUUCCGUCGCUGAUCUAUUGACCUUAUUACCAUCGAUGCCAACCAUACAUUAAAGCGUAAUUCAGUCAAGUACAAUAUAUGUUUUGUGUGAAAUAAUCUUGACUUUAAAUUUUUUAUAUACAUUUAGCCUGCAUAAUUUUUAAGUAGUUUUUGUAGUUUAUAUGCAUUAAAAAAAGUAAAUCAAAGUGACACUAAUAAUGAUACAUGUAAAUUCUUAAAAUAUUUUAGUUUUAUGGGUAAUCAGACAUUACUACAUACUUUUGUGGCUCCAUAACAUUUUUCGGGGACCAAUUGACUAAGAAUUUAGCGAGGUAAUUGUAUACGGUAAAAGCAGCACAGAUCAAAGACGUUAGGAAAGUAAUCGGCGAUGGUCUACAGGAGGGGUUCCCAAAGUUUUAACAACUGCGUACCACUUGACAUUUUUAUAAAUGUUGGUGUACCACUAGGCACUAGGCCUAUUUAAUCUUUUAGUUUUAGAUGUUAAUACACAAGCUAUGGUUAUUUUUUAAUUUAAGAGAAAAUUAAAAUUUCUAUUGCA